CUUUUUUCUUUCUUCUUUCUUCUUAUCUACUAAAUACUAACUUUGAAGCUUCCCUUUGAUUCAAAAAAUAAAAAUUCACUUGAAAAAUACUCUUUGUCUCAUUACCUUAUCUGCUAAGUCACUUCUUCUCCUCCUCCUCUAUACAAACCAAACAACUUUCACUCUAAAUCUUAUUCUAAUUCUCUCAGUCAUUACUAAACACACAAGUAAAUUACAAUGAAGAUUAGUGGUUUUGUUCUUAUUCUUCUUAUUCUAUGUUGUUUUGGUAAUACUAAUGCAAACCCAGUAAACUUAGAAGCUGAAAAGUUAAUUAGGCAAUUGAAUUUAUUCCCACAAGAUGCAAAAUCUGAAUUCAUGGAAGGAUUGAAUUACCAAGCAAAAAACACAGAGAAAAUUGUUGAGAAGAAAUUUAGAUUUCCUAAUCUUAUUGAAUCUUCUACCUCUUCUUCUUCUUCAAGUGUUCAAGAUUUGGGUCAUCAUGCUGGUUACUACAAAAUUCAACAUUCUCAUGCUGCAAGGAUGUUUUACUUCUUCUUCGAAUCGCGAACGAACAAGAACGAUCCUGUUGUGAUAUGGUUGACAGGAGGACCAGGUUGUAGUAGUGAAUUGGCUGUGUUUUAUGAAAAUGGACCUUUUACUAUUGCCAACAACAUGUCACUCAUGUGGAAUGACUUUGGCUGGGACAAGGCAUCACAUUUGUUGUAUGUUGAUCAACCGACCGGAACUGGGUUCAGUUAUAGUUCAGAUGAGCGUGAUCUUCGUCAGAACGAAGAGGGUGUUAGUAAUGAUUUGUACGAUUUCUUACAGGCAUUUUUCGCAAAGCAUCCACAAUUUCAAAAGAAUGAUUUUUACAUCACCGGAGAGUCAUACGCUGGACACUACAUCCCAGCAUUUGCUUCUAGAGUGCACAAAGGAAAUAAGAAUAAAGAGGGAAUCCAUAUAAACUUGAAGGGAUUUGCCAUUGGCAACGGUCUUACUAAUCCAGCAAUCCAAUACAAAGCAUACACAGAAUAUGCAUUGCAAAAUAAGCUAAUUGAAGAAUCUGAUUACGAGGAAAUCAAUCAGAGACUUCCAGAAUGCGAAAGGACAAUACAAGCUUGUGCUGUAGAAGGCGAAGUUGAAUGCCUCAGAGCUUACUCCACGUGCAUUUCGAUAUUCAAUAGUAUCCUCAAUAUUGCUGGAGAUAUCAAUUACUAUGACAUAAGGAAGCAAUGUGAAGGGAGCCUCUGUUAUGAUUUCUCCAAUAUGGAGAAAUUUCUGAAUCUGAAAUCUGUCAGGCAAGCUCUUGGAGUUGGCAACAUUGAAUUCAUCUCAUGCAGCCCUACUGUGUACUCCAAAAUGAAAACUGACUGGAUGAAGAAUCUAGAAGUGGGUAUUCCAGCUCUUCUUAAUGACGGAAUCAAGUUGCUAGUUUAUGCCGGGGAGUAUGACUUGAUAUGCAACUGGCUUGGGAACUCAAACUGGGUUCAUGCCAUGGAAUGGUCUGGUAGACAAGACUUCGUUCGAGCAGCCAAUGUUUCAUUUGAAGUUGACGGUGCUGAAGCAGGGAAAUUGAAAAACCAUGGUCCUCUUAGCUUUCUGAAGGUUCAUGAUGCUGGUCACAUGGUUCCAAUGGAUCAACCCAAGGCAGCAUUAGAGAUGUUAAAAAGAUGGACUCAAGGUAAAUUGACUGCAGAAGCUGCUGCACCUGCCCAAACACAAAACCAUCCUCACUUGUUCCCAUCUGUGUUGUAAACAUGUUCCUCAUAUUUUUAACAUUUUUCCUAUCAAAAUGGGAUAUUAAAGAAAAAGUAACAUGAUGUAAUAAUCCCUUAUUGGGUUCUUAAUAUGAAAAUUCAAAAGGCUACACUCAUACAAACACUGAGAUAUUUCUUGUGUUUA